UGUUAUGUCCUCACUUGAAGAACAACUAGUUAAAAAGAUUCGUUUAAAUUCAGGAGGGUCGGUCCCAUCAAAUUAUGUAAUAAAUAAUAAAGCCAGUUCAGAAGGAAAGAUGACUCGUGAAGGGAUGUUGGAAUACUGA